AUGAGCUUCUGGCCGGCGGAGGCGCUGGAUCCGCGUGCUUCGACGCCGGCGACGAAGCGACAUGGAUCCGGGCGGGAUGCUGCUGGAGGACUUCGGGCUGUGGGUGGACCUGGUGCGGCGCAUCCGCGAGGUGCUGGCCAACUACCCGGAGGGCACCACCGCGCUGCGGGACGCCGGGAGCUCAUCCAGAACGCCGACGAUGCCGGGGCCUCGUGCGUCCGCCUCUGCCUCGACCGCCGCGCCCAUGGGUCCCGCUCGCUGCUCGCCCCCGCGCUUGCGCAGUGUACGCCAGCAACGACGCCGCCUUCACCGACGAAGAGUUCGCCAGCAUCCCCCGCAUCGGCGGCCGCAAGAAGUCCUCCCAGGCCUGGAAGACCGGCAGCAAGAUGGGCGCUAGCUACACUCUCUAUCGCUGCUGAGCUCUGCUUCGAGCUGCUGCUCUUUCAAUUUGAGCUGCGCUAG